AUGGCUAGCACUACAGCUCUCAAGGGACAGGCUCUCUUUGACCUCUCCGGCAAGGUCGCCCUCGUCACAGGAGGAGGCUCUGGAAUUGGUCUGAUGGCCGCCCAGGCCCUGGCCGCCAACGGCGCAAAGGUCUACAUCUGCGGCCGCACAAAGGAAAAGCUCGACAAGGCCGCCUCAACCCACGGCUCCAACGCCCCCGGCGAAAUCAUCCCCAUCCAGGCCGACAUCAACUCGAAAGAGGGCAUCAAGUCGCUCGUUGACGAGCUGCAGAAGCGCGAAAAGUGCCUGUGCAUCCUCGUCAACAAUGCCGGCAUCAGCGGCGAGACGUUCAGCGUUGCCGAGGCCAACUCGGCCGAGGAGCUCAAGAAGGAGCUCUUUGACAACGUCAAGGCGACGUUUGACGACUGGCUGAGCGUGUACCGGACAAACGUCACGGCCGUCUACUUCACAACGGUCGCCCUGCUGCCGCUGCUGCAAAAGUCGACGGAGACGCACGCCGGCUGGUCGGCCACGGUCAUCAACAUCAGCUCCAUCUCGGGCCUGGUCAAGACCAGCCAGCACCACUUCAGCUACAACGCGUCCAAGGGCGCGGCGGAGCACCUGACGCGCAUGAUGGCGGCCGACUUCAGCGCCGCCGGCCUCAAGAUUCGCAUCAACAGCAUCGCCCCGGGCGUCUUCCCCAGCGAGAUGACGACGGAGGGCAGCGACGAGGGCCAGAAGAGCAAGAUUGACAAGAGCCAGUACGAGGGCAAGAUUCCCGCGAACCGGCCAGGCAAGGACGAGGACAUGGCGCAGGCGGUGCUGUUUUUGGCGAGCAACCAGUUUGUGAAUGGGCAGAGGGUGGUGGUUGAUGGAGGACAUACGCUUGCUGCGGGAUUGUAG